CACACACAACACUUAUUACCGUGCAUAACAUGCAGCGCACACAGAGCUCAAUCUCUCUCUCUCCACUGCCUUUUUAACCAACCACAGUCCACAGACCCUCUGCUUCACAGUUCACACACACAGCUCUCGUCGCUUUUCCUGUGCUCCACCCCCUGCACCCAACCAUGAUGAGCGGUAGGAUGAUGGACACCAACGCGAUGGCGCCAACCGCCGACGUCGACUUCGCCUUCGCCCCCAUGCAGCCCUACGUCGGCUUCGACGCCGGCAUGGCCAUGUCCAGUGUCGAGAGGCCGCUGCUCCAGCAUCACAACAACCUCUACGACAAUUUCGACUUUGCCGCCGCCACCGCAGGCUUCCCGUUCCAAGAAUCGGUUCUCCUCCCGCCCACGAGCCUGCCGCUGGCUCCGCCGCCGAGCAUGGCGAUGGCAAUGCCGUCAUCAAUGCAGAUGCCGAUGAUGACGCUGCCGGGCGUGCCGACGGCGGAGAUGUACCCCUUCGGCGGCGGGUUCCUGAAGCGGGAGGACGGCCCCUUCGUGGACGCCGGGGGCGGCGGGAGGAUCGGGCUGAACCUCGGCCGGCGCACGUACUUCUCCCCCGCCGACGUGAUCGCCGUGGACCGGCUGCUGACGCGGUCGCGGCUCGUCGGCGGCGUGGGCAUGGGCGUCCUGGGGCUCGGGCUCGGCGCCGCGCACCAACACCAGCCGCCGCGGUGCCAGGCCGAGGGCUGCAAGGCCGACCUCUCCUCCGCCAAGCACUACCACCGCCGCCACAAGGUCUGCGAGUACCAUGCCAAGGCCGCCGCCGUCGUCGCCGGCGGCAAGCAGCAGCGCUUCUGCCAGCAAUGCAGCAGGUUUCAUGUGCUUGCUGAGUUUGAUGACGCCAAGAGGAGCUGCCGGAAGCGGCUCACCGAGCACAACCGCCGCCGCCGGAAGCCGGCCGGCGCACAGGGCAAGGACUCGUCGCCGCCACCAAAGAAAGCGGACACUAGCAUCACCGCCUCCUACAACAGUGAUCACAAGAAUGCGAGCACCACGGCAGCCAAGUUGACGGCCAUCUCGCCGAACGGUAGUGGCGUCAGCUGCCUGGAUGUCAUGGACAACGGCCAGACGAGCAGCGCGGCGGCGCCGACGGCCCUGUCUCUGGCCGCGCUGCCGCUGCAGGAGAAGGACGGCGGCCUAGACACCAUGCUGAUGCAGCAGGUGCAAGGCCGUGACGAUGAAGAGCACCAGCACUUCAUGACCUCACUUGUGCUGCAGGCGCAGCAGCAGCAGCAGCACAACGGCAACGGCCACGGCCACGGCGGCGGCGACAACAUCUUGUCGUGCUCGUCGGUGUCAGAUCAUCAGCAGAACAGCAGCUGCAACGGUUUCUUUGAGGUGGACUUCAUCUAGUGCGAUGCAUGCACGUAAAAGGAGAGGGGGAAAAGCCUAUAGCAUGCAUGGCUGCAUUAUGAGACGCGCGUGAAAGAAAGGAACAAGUUAGUUGCACUAGGGUAGCCUAGCCUUUUUCUUUUUACUGUGUUAGUACUUGAGCUAGCUAGCGUUGGCCUUUUACUAGAGGGGAAAAUGCAGGUGCUUGUGUAUUAUUUUGUCUUUUGGUAAAAUGUAAAUUAAGUGUAUGUGUGCUAAUUUAAGGUGU